AAAGGUCACUCCAGUCGACGCAGUACUUUUGUGCACACACGUGCGCAAAGGGAUGAGCCAUCCCCGGUCCGUCCUUGAAGUAGGGAGAAGAAAGAAGAGAGCGCUGAAUUGUAGUGUAGGGGCAGCGGAGAAUGACAAUGAGAGAGUUGGGUUGCUUACUGAAGCGCUGCUCCAACCUGAAACAUGUUGAGCAGGCACAUGGAUUCAUGGUACGGACAGCCCUUAAUCACGACGAGAUUCUCCUCAGCCAAUUUAUCGAGGCAUGCUCUUCUCUGGGCUUCUCCGGCUACGCGUACUCUGUGUUUGCCUUCAAUUCACAGCCCCACAUAUAUGUGUUCAACACCAUGAUCAGAGCACUGACACUCUCUCACUCUGCCUUUGAGGCUCUCCAUGUUUACAAAAGCAUCGCCCGGGCCAAGUUGCGCCCCGACAGUUACUCCUUCCCGUUUGCGUUGAAGGCGGUUGAAGACCUGCAGGCCCUUCGUUUUGGAACUCAGAUUCACUCUCAAACCGUAUGCGCUGGACUCAACGCCAAUAUCUACGUGGCGACGGCUCUCAUUCAAAUGUAUUCCUCGUGUGCCUGCGUUUCGGAUGCUCGCAAGCUGUUCGACCAACUCACCUCCGUCUCUAGAUCUAUACAAGACGUUGCCCUUUGGAGUGCCAUGAUCGCUGCGUAUGCCAAGGUUGGCGACCCGGAUGCUGCCCGGGAUUUGUUGGAGCGCAUGCUCCAAACUCAAACAAAAGCAGAAGCAGUAAUGGUUUGUUGGACGACUGUGAUUGCGGGCUAUGCUCAAAUAGACCGCCCCAACGAGGCCAUCGCUGUGUUUCGUAGAAUGCAGUUGGAGAAUGUGAAGCCUGACGAGAUUUCUAUGUUGGCUGUGCUUUCUGCUUCCCAUUUAGGUGCCAUUCAGUUUCUAUUGGGGAAGUGCAUUCACGGCUACAUUCAUAAGCAUGGAUUCAAUCAAAUGAUUCCCCUAAAAAAUGCACUUAUUGAAAUGUAUGCCAAGUCAGGCGAUAUUUGCAAGGCGUUGCAAGUAUUUGAGAACAUGAACCAUAAAACUGUAAUAACUUGGACUACCAUCAUAUCUGCGCUGGCAUUCCACGGGCUUGGAACAUUAGCUCUCCAAAUGUUUUCUCGGAUGGAAAGGGCUCAAGUCCAACCCAAUGAUAUCACUUUCAUUGCCGUCCUCUCUGCUUGUACUCAUGUUGGAUUGGUUGCUUUGGGCGGCUGCUUUUUCAAUACUAUGAGUUCCAGGUAUGGGAUUCAACCCAAGAUUCAGCACUAUGGUUGCAUGAUCGAUUUACUUGGGCGAGCAGGUUACCUAAGAGAAGCGCUGGAACUAGUUAGUCGGAUGCCUUUUAAGCCAAAUGCAUAUUGGGGGUCACUUCUUGCUGCCUCUAAUAUUCAUGCUGAUGCUGAGCUGGGAGAGUUAGCUUUGCUGCAUUUGAUAGAGUUGGAGCCUUGGAAUAGUGGAAACUAUGCACUUUUAUCCAAUAUAUAUGCUUCAGGUGGCAGGUGGGAUAAGUCUGUAAUAACAAGGAAGAUGAUGAGGGACAAAGGUGUUCCAAAGAUGCCGGGUAGGAGUUUCAUUCAGGUGAGUAAUAGAGCUCACGAAUUCAUUGCAGGAGACGUAUCGCACCCUCAGUAUGAUAGGAUACAUGGAAUCCUAUUCAACUUGAACGAGCAGUUGAAAAUUGUUCAUCAUUUGCUUAGCGAAUUUGAUGAGCUUCUUGAUUUUGAUGGCUGAUGGGAUAAAUAAUUACUUCUUAAUUAUGACUCUGGAGUUGGACCAGCUUUAAUGGAACGAGCAGCAUUUCCACAUAAGUGAUUGCAGUUCCCUUAAAUGUGAUCCGUCUUCUCAAUUCAGAACAGUAACAGGUCAGCUAAAAAGAAGUACAUGCCUUGUUCUCUGCAUGGUUGUACUUGAUGUAUAGACACAUCAUGCCUGUCAGUGGACAUUGGUUGCAUUGAAAUCUAUGUGCCAUCUCAUCAGUAGCAGAUCUUGAAAUGCUGCGGUCAGAGUUGCAUUCUGAAUUAUCCUUCACUGGGAAAGUCACUGACUCAGCUCGCUGAGAUGAUUGUCUUCUCCUUGAAUGAACUGGAUCUCUCCCAACUGAUCUUUGAUGCUCCAUCCC